AUGCUGAUUGGUACCGGCACGACGCUUUCGUCGCUCAGCAUCGGACAAAUCGAUUUGUCUCAGCCUAACGGAUCGGAUCUGGUUCUUCAAAAGACGCAACUAGGAUGGAUUGUCGGGGGGAGUGUGCCGAUCGCCGCACCACAAUCAAAACGGAGCACGUUUCUAACGUCGUUGGAGUUCGAGAUGAAGAGAUUCUGGGAAGUAGAAGAGGGAUCAAACGCACAGCAUCUCUCUUCGGAGGAACGGGAAUGCGAGGAACAUUUUUCCCAUCAGGUACGACGCGACGCAUCCGGACGCUACAUCGUGGCACUUCCCUUCAAUGAGCAGCAGCAGCGACUUGGAGAAUCGCGAUCGCGCGCGCUCCAUCGGUUAUUCUCAUUAGAGCGGAAGCUUGAUCGGAAUCCAACUUUAAAAGCCGACUACGCCGCGGUCCUUGAUGAAUAUCGCGCGCUCGGUCACAUGACGCAGGUAGAGUCCUUCGACUCCCCAGGAUUCUACUUGCCUCAUCACGCGGUCAUAAAGCCCUCGAGCUCGACAACAAAGGUUCGUGUGGUUUUCGACGGCUCAGCUAAGUCGAGUAGCGGUCUGUCACUUAACGACGCUUUGAUGACGGGCCCGACAUUACAAGAUGAUCUUUUUUCGUUACUGCUGCGAUUUCGCCUGUAUGCGUAUGUUCUCACCGGCGACAUUGAGAAAAUGUAUCGUCAAUUCCUCGUGCGACCAGAAGACCGAUCAUUUCAGCGCAUCUUGUGGAGGGAUCAGCGAAACCGCAUAGCGACGUACGAGUUAAACACCGUCACAUUCGGGUUGACUUCGGCACCCUAUCUGGCUACGAGAUGUUUGCAGCAAUUAGCGACCGACGAACAAAUGGAGUUUCCAAUUGCCUCACUCGUCAUCAAACGGGACAUGUACGUCGACGAUUUAUUAACGGGCGCCAAUACCAUUGAGGAAGCGAACGAGUUGCAGACCCAAAUUCUCGGUAUGCUCCAACGUGGAGGCCUUAACAUACGCCAAUGGGCCUCUAACGAACCGCGACUCCUCACGGGACUCGGCGAGGAUCAGAUUCAUCCCAAGAUUUUAGGCGAUUCAAGUGUAAUGAAGACUCUCGGUAUUACUUGGGACGCUCGAAACGACAGCAUUUCGUACUUCGUUGAAUCUCCGACGGCGAUAAAACCCACUAAGCGAUCGAUCUUGUCAACCAUUGCAAAGAUCUUCGAUCCGCUCGGGUUGCUCGGUCCUGUGGUGAUCACAGCGAAGAUCAUCAUGCAGCGUUUGUGGCAACUCAAUAUUGAUUGGGACGAAUCAUUGCCAGCCAGCAUCCACACUGAAUGGACUACUUUCUUCAAUCAAUUGCAGCAUCUAAACAACGUUUCGUUCGUGAGGAAUGUAGUUCAACGCAACAGUCGACAAGUGGAGCUACACGGUUUUUGUGAUGCUAGCGAGCGGGCAUACGGAGCGUGUAUUUACGUGCGUUCAAUCGACAACAACGGUCACGUCGAAACCAACCUUCUCUGCGCGAAAUCUCGGGUUGCACCACUGAAGACAAUCACUCUCGCGCGGUUGGAAUUGUGCGGUGCCGCGUUGUUAGCAGUUUUGUACACGACAGUUCGAGCAGCGAUUCUCCAUCAAAUCGAUAAAACCAUUCUUUGGACCGAUUCAACGAUCGUUUUGAACUGGAUAAAUAAGCAACCAUGUACACUUAAAACCUUUGUGGCUAAUCGGGUAUCCGACAUACAGCAAAGGACAGAGGUCACCAGCUGGCGACACAUCAAUUCGGAGGACAAUCCAGCGGAUGUACUAUCUCGAGGACAGACUCCCAGGCAAUUCGAGCAAAGAUCCAACUGGUUGCAUGGUCCCGAAUGGCUCUCGACAUCCGAAGAGAAUUGGCCACCAUCGAAGUUCCUCAUUCAGAACGAGGUGCCCGAACUCAAACAGAUUACCUGCCUGAUUGCGACUACAAAACACGACGACGAAAUACUACAACGAUACUCGUGUAUUAGAAAACUAAGGCGCAUUACAGCGUACGUUUUACGAUUCGGCCGACGUAACCGCCGAAAGGGUUCCUUGACGGUGGAAGAGCUGCAAGAAGCAAGCAGCUGCCUCAUUCGGCUUCUACAAGCAACUGCAUUUCCCGAUGAGAUCCGCCAAUUAGGCAACAAAGGCAAUUUACCUUCAAACAGCAAACUCCUUCCCCUGAAUCCAUUCCUCGACGAUCAGGGAAUUCUUCGGGUGGGAGGUCGGCUACAAAAUUCGACCCUUACCUAUGCACGGAAGCAUCCGAUCCUUCUGCCAAAGGGUCAUCACAUCACCGAUCUCAUAAUUCGGGAUACGCAUCGCGCGAAUCACCACGAAGGCAUCACUUCCACCCUGAACAGUGUGCGGCAAGCCUAUUGGCCCAUCGAUGGAAGGAAUGCUACACGAAAGGUCGUCCGACAAUGCGUCAGAUGCUUUCGUUUUCGCCCACCGUCUACGGAUUACAUCAUGGGAAAUCUUCCAGCAUCGCGUGUGACGGAAAAUCGUCCAUUUUUCAACAGCGGCGUCGACUAUUGUGGUCCAUUCUACAUAAAGGAACGACGGUUGCGAAAUCGUGCACGCAUUAAGGUUUACGUCGCCGUUUUUGUGUGCUUUGCGACCAAGGCCGUACACUUAGAGUUGGUAAGUGACAUGACGACCGAAGCAUUUAUCGCCGCAUUGCAGAGAUUCAUCGCGCGCAGAGGAAUCUGUCAGAGCAUGCACUCUGAUAACGGAACAACCUUCAUCGGUGCUAACAACGAGUUGCGCGAGAUUCACCAAAUCCUUCAAGGUGACGACACCGUUCGCAAUUUUCUCACCGGGAAAAAAAUCACCUGGCAUUUCAUACCCGCGUUAUCACCUCAUUUCGGCGGACUUUGGGAAGCCGCGGUGAAGUCAUUCAAACACCACCUCAAGCGCGUAGUCGGUGACGAGCUAUUCACUUUCGAACAAUUCAACACCUUCGUGAUUGAAAUUGAAGCCAUUCUCAAUUCGCGGCCCUUGACUCCACUUUCCUCAGAUCCUAACGACCCAUCUGCAUUAACUCCAGCUCAUUUUCUGAUUGGUGAUUCGUUAACGAGCAUUGCCGAGAUUGAUUUCAGUGCUACACCAGCGAAUAGAUUAUCUAACUGGCAGCAUAUCCAACGUGUGAAGCAGCACUUCUGGGCCAGGUGGCAGAAGGAGUCCAUCAACCAUCUGAACGUGCGGUCCAAGUGGAGAAGGGGUUCACAUUGCAUCAAAGAAGGCACCGUCGUGGUCUUAAAAGAGGACCACCUUCCACCACUCUCGUGGCAUCUCGCACGCGUGGAGCAGAUUCAUCCCGGAUCGGAUGGCGUCAUUCGAGCCGUCACUGUUCGGACCAGCCAUGGGACCUACAAGCGGAACGUGCGGCAACUGGCACCCCUGCCUGCCCAGGACGCUCAUGAGCAGUGCAGCGACACGAGAUAG